AUGCGCCCUCGCGUUUCCCCCAUCUACCUAAUCAACUCCCAGGCGCUCUCAGUCAGUAUAUUCCCCUACAUGCUGAAGCUGCUGCAGACGAGUGCAGUGGCAGGUUGGGUCAUCUCAAGUCAAUUGAGCAUUUUUUCCCCUCUUCCCUCCUGCGCCCAUACCUCCCAGGCGCUCUCAGUGGGCAUAUUCCCGUACGUGCUGAAGCUGCUGCAGACCAGCGCAGUGGAGCUGCGGCAGAUUCUCGUGUUCAUCUGGACCAAGAUUCUGGCUCUCGACAAGUCAUGCCAGGUGGAUCUGGUGAGGGACGGCGGGCACAUGUAUUUCAUCAAGUGCCUUGAGACGCACGAGCCAUACUCCUCCGACCCUAGGGAGCGAGCCACAGUGGCCUUUCAGCGAGCCAUGGCCGCCUUUGUGCUCGCGCUCAUAUGCGACGGUCAUCCCAAGGGGCAUCAGGCCUGCCUGCAGACAAUGUUGCCGCGGCGGUUUUGCAAUGUGUUUUGCUUGCAACGAAGCAAAUCCCUCUUGCCCUUCCCUUUCCCCAGACAUGACUCGUCCCUCUCUGCGUCGUACGCAUCUCCUUCCCCACCUGUCCCCACGCCCUUGUCUUGCUCUCCAGGCGGGUCUCAUCCCCUUGUGCUUGAUGCACAUCCAAGCCGCCCCUCCUGCGGAGCCACUGCUGCUGCAGUGGCUGUGCCUGUGCGUGGGCAAGCUGUGGGGGGGAGCGCCAGAGGCACAGGCAGCGGCGUUGGCUCAACAUCGCGCCCCUCAGAUCCUUUCUCCGUUGCUGUCAGAGCCACAGCCAGAGCCGCGCCUGGGGAUGGAGAGAGAGCAGAGGGAGGGAGAGGGGGCGGAGAAGGAGAGGUGGGAUUAACAGGAGAUGGAGGAGAUGACAGAGAGGAAGGAGAGAGGCUCGGCACGGACGGUCGGCUGUAUCCCCGGCCAGGUCCGGCAGUGAACGCACCUCUCCCGGUCCUCCAAUCCACCGCAGGCUCGGCGGUGGUGGGGCGGAUGCUCGCGCAAUCUUUUGACGCUGCAGGCUCGGGAGUAGGCUCGGGAGGUACGGCGGCAGGUUCGGGGAAUACUGCAGCCUCGGGAGGGUCAGCUUCGUAUCUGAGAGUGUAUGAGGAGGAAGGGGAGAGAGAUGGGGGCGGGGGAGCAGCAGCAGGGGGGACGGGAGGGGGCAAAGGACAGGGGGGUGCGGGGAGUAAGGGCACAGGGGCGGCAGCAACUGGGGCAGGCGGUACUGUAGCAGCUACAGGAGGAGGGGGAGGUGGAGAUGGUGGGGUUACAAUAACGAUUCCUCCCUUGGUGAAUGGUAUUGUUCCUAUAGCAGAAGGUGCUUGUGAGAGCGAAGCUUCAUCAGGGGAGGAUAGAAGUAGAGGCAAUGAGGGCCAACAGCAGUCAGAUGUUACAGACAGCGCGACGUACCUGCAGAGCAUGAUUGCUGUAUACACUCUUGCGAGGGACCCUGCUCCGUCUGUAUCUAAGAUCAGCCGGCAAACACUUGCCCAGAUUGGCUCCUCUGUAGCAGCAGCCGCGACGAGUCUCAAUGCGGCCGCGGCAGCGGCAGCAGCCGCGGCGGCAGGGGCAGGAGGAGGAGUGGGGGGAGCGGAGGCGGUGGGAGGAGGAAUGGGCGGAGCUGGUAUGGGGUAUGACGCGUUUAUGAUGCCGAUGAUGGUUCCCGGGAUGGGUGGGGUCGGGGGGGGCAUGGCAGCAGGGGGUCUUGCACCGUCUGCUAGCUUCAGCAACUUGACCCGAAGCAGCAGCAGGGAUGCUGGAACGGUGAUCAUCACUGGUGCAGGUGCUGGUGCUGGCGGUGCUGGGGGAGUUUUAGGAGGAGCUAUAGGAGGAGCCAUAGGCACUCCGAAUCUCUCUCUGGCUGCUGCUGCAGCAGUGGGGGCUGCGGGGCCUGUGGGUUUGCCAGGCCUGGGGGGGGUUGGUGCAGGGAUGGGGCAUCAUGGGCUGAUGAGUCCUGCCAUGAGCCCACGUGUCCCCUCCCCAUUGGCUGCUGGAUUGGCUCCUGCGAUCACGCGGUCCACGUCAUGGGUUGCCCCUGUCAACGCCCCCCACCCAAUGGGCAGCUGGCGACAGCUGGCGGCACCACAGCUCGCCAUGUCACCCUCUGCUGCUGCAGCCUCGGGGUUCCUCCAAGCCCGGGACCCGUUUGGCCUGGUGGCUCGGGACAGCCUCGGGCUGCCGCCGAUGCUGGCAGCAGGUUCGGGAAUGCAGGCUCGGGACAGCGGGAUGCGGAGGGUAAUGACUGCAGUGGAUUUCUCGUCGUCCCAGCAGCAACAGCAGCAGCAGCAGCAGCAGCAGCGGCAGAUCGGGGGGAUGGGAAAUGGGGAGAUCCUGGGGGGAGUGCAUGUGCUGUCAUCUAUCACUGGAGGAGGAGGGUACCCGCCCUUGAGACCCAAUGCUGCAGCCACCUCAUCAGACUCCACUGCCCCAUCCAACCCACCUGCACAUACAACCCCUGCUAGGGCGAUCCCUGCUCCUCUCUCUGCCCCUCUGUCCGCGUCUCUCUCAGCGUCGCUCCUCGACCCGUUUCUCUCGCUGGAUGCAGCGGCAGCAGCGCAGGCAAAGCCAGUGCCAAAGUCGGGGCUGUAUGCGUGGAGCUGUGGGCACUUGUCGCGGCCGCUGCUGGAGGCAGUGUGUGACGCGGAGGCUGAGACGAGGCGAGCGGCGAGGGAGAAGAAAGCAGUAGAGGGCGUGGCGGAGUGCCGGCGAGCAACGGUGAGCAAGGUGAGCGAUCAGAUCGCAAGCUUUGACACCGAGUCAGACAUGAUGACAGAGGCCGUGCUCCUGCACCCCUUCCUGCCCCUCGUGUGCAUUGCGGAUGAAAACGAGGUUGUGAGAAUCUGGAACUACGAGGAGGGGUUGACAGUGAGCACGUUUGACAACCAGACGGGAGGCGGAGGGGGUGUGGACGGGCACAAGGGAGUCAGCCAGCUGUGCCUGCUCAACGAACUAGACGACACACUGCUGCUUGUUGCCUCCAGGGAUGGCAGUGUGCGGGUGUGGCGGGACUUUGCGCGAAGAGGCAAGCAACGAAUAGCCACGGCAUGGCAGGCACCAAGUUACGUGGCAGCGGGGUGUGACGAUGGCUCUGUGCGGCUAUUUGACAUCCGGUCGCAGCCUCGGGCACAGCUUGUGUGCGGCACGCACCAUCACUCGCAUCGAGUUGCAGGGAUCGCCUUUCACCCCGCCAGCACUGCCGCUCCCCAGAUUAUUUCUGCUUCCAGCUCCGGCGAGAUCGUGUUUUUAGAUGCCCGGAAUCCGGGGCAGCCAAUCAGAAGAGUGGAGGCGCACAAGGGGCACCUCACAGCGCUCUCCGUUCACCGGCACCUGCCCGUCAUGGCCACGGGCAGCUCGAAACAAUUAAUCAGAGUAUUCAACAUGUCUGGCGACCUAUUGAGUGUUGUCCGCUACCACAACAGCUUCCUGGGCCAGCGCAUUGGCCCCGUCAGCGCGCUGCACUUCCAUCCGUACAAGCGUCUGCUUGCUGCUGGGGCUACAGACUCCAUUGUUUCAAUCUAUGCUGGGGAGACACACCGCAGCUAG